AGGAUCCAAAAAAAGCGUUUCGACAGUGACAGAAACUUUGACUCCCAAGCAGCACACAUCAGCACGGGAGGGAAUACGCACACACUCACGGACACGGUUGCGAACUAAGUUCAAAGUGCACAUAUAUACGGGCACGUUUGUGUGCGUCAUCCCCUCUCAAUAUCAUCGGUGCUGUAGGGAAAGAUUUCUGGCCACACUGUGGGAGAGUGAACGAAUGUUACGAUCACUUUUCUUUGAAGCGUACUAAUAAAUGAUCCGUUAUUACUUGACCUUUUGAUUACAAUAUGAGCUAUCGUUACGCGGAUGUUUUGAAGCGAGAGCCGGCCGGAAGGGUUGGCGCCUUGUUUUUAUUUUCUCCGAUUUUCAGAUCCGAGGAGAUGGCUUAGGUUACAACAUGGAUCGCUAAUCCCGGGCAAGUAUGCCCGAAAUCAGCAUUCUCAAAAGUGUAACGCAGUGCAACUUCAGCACUUUCGCGGUAUUUGCACUUCGCGUAGUAUUUCCCAACGCGGUCGAAUUAUUGUUAUCUUAUAAUAAACCUACCGCCUAGCAACGGAGAUGUUAAAUUAUCGUUACAACAACAGAUGUAAUACUUGUAUUACAAUUACUUUGCCCUAUUUAUUGGGUAAGACCGACUUUUAGUUGUACCUAGCAACGGAGGCUAAUACUGUUUAUGUUAGUAUUUAUGUUUAUGUGGGCAGCCAUAACAUAUUGAACUUUAACUUAAUUUUUAAAAAUUAAUUUUUAAAAGGAACUAUAAAAUAUAAUUGCAGUAUAUUUAUAGUAUUUGUGUAUCUCAUUUCAUAGUAUUCUUAAAGCUUUUAUAAAAAAUUGUUCAGAAAAAAUUGUUCAGAGAUAGAGUCGGAAAGUUUCAUUUCGACAUCAUUUAUCCUAAUCUUUUUCUCACUCACUGCAGACUGCUUCUUCGGCCGAUUUACAGAUGCGAAAAUAUCGAGGGAGAUUAUCGGAUGUAGGACGCGCGGCGCUUCGAUUUUUUAAGCAUCAUCUAUCUUCUCGAGCUUUGUUCGCGACAAAUAUGUUUCGCGUGGUCCGAGUGCUGUCCUCGGUAAGCCGUGACAUUGGAAUAGAAAGCGGGCGCAGCUGUUGAAAUGCGCGGUGGUUCGCAUCGAUUUUGAAAUCGCGCGGACGCGAGACUUGGCGCGGCGUGGCGCGAUGAAAACCAUGGAGAACGCAGGAAUGUUGCGCAAACAUUUCAAGCGCCAUUGACGUGACGAAUUCAAUAGCUUCACACCGGGGAAACAUUUGAGUUGCCGGUCACACGCGAGAAAACGCAUACGAUCUAUUAUUAAUGCCGUUCAUGGUCUCGUCGAUACACGGAUUAAUAAUUCCAAUUACGCAGAGAAAGAGAGGGAAAUGGGAGCUCAUUACGUGGAAUCUGCGUUAGAAUAUUCUCUGUGAUUUACCAGCUUUUUCACAUCAACGACGAGAACGAGUUUAUGGAAUGGAUGGAAAGCUGAGAGUCGCAUUAGUCUGGAACAGACAAUUCAAAAAAUGUGUGUGAGUGUGUGUGAGAGAGAAAGAGGGAAAUGUGGUUGGAGUAAAAAUGACAUUGGUAAUAAUUAAGUAUUUUUUUAAAUUAUUUAUAUGAUAGCUUCUUUUCCUUUCUUUCAGUUAUGGUUGCGUGCGAUGUUUAUUUAUGAAUUCGAUUGAAUGCACUAGUGCACAACCAAUUUAUAUAUAAAUUAUAAAUUUACCAAUUUAUUUUAAGAUCGUUAUUAUAAUCUGUUCUUAUAUUUAAGAUUGUCUUAAAUCUGUCUCUGGAUGUUUCGUAGACAAUGAAACAAUUUGUACAGCAUCUGAAGAUGAUCUUAUAUUACCCUUAUCAUAAGAGAAACAUAAGAUCCUCCGUUCCUUUUGUAUCGUUUCGCUGUUGUUUCUAUUUCGUUGCAUUUAAAAGUAUGCAAUACUGUUCGCCUAACACGUACUUCUGUAAUCCUUAUGCAAGAGAAACAGAGUAUCUUCUUUAAAAGUACAGAGUAUCUUCUUUAAAAGCGGUUGGUAUUAUUUUUUUAUUCUUUUUUUUUAGAAAUAUAGAUAUAAAGAGAUUUAUUAACUACUUACUUGCUAUGUUUAUGUGUGCUAAGAUUCAAUAAAACUUUAACAUUUAGUAAAUCAAAUUUCACUAAACUUUUCAAUUCGUUUUUUACGUGUCUGUACGUAAUGUGAUAUAUUAAACUGUUAAAAUGAUGGAUUGACCAAAUAAUCAAUAGCCAUAAUGUAAACGCAUAAGACUAAGAUUGUUGAUGUGAAUUAUUAGAAAAACUAAUGAAUUUUGACUUAGUAAAUGUUAAAACUUUAUUGAAGCUUAGAUUUGUAUUAAUAGUCGUUACUUUUGAAACUUAUUUCAAACAGAACAUUAAGAUCUGAAUUUAGAGAUAAAUGCAAAUUCUUUAAUUAAGUCGUGAUUACAAGUAUAUUGUGUGUGUCAUACAUAUAUUAUAAGAUUUAACCGGAAAAGUCAGAUCUGAUUCUAAAUUCAAAUCUUAACUAACAAGUUCCAAGUAUAACGACUGUUAAUAUAGAUCUUAGACGCAUAUUAAUAGUUAUUAUUUAAAACUAGUCUCAAGUAAGAUAUUUAAAUUUAAAUUCAGAGUUUGCUGGGUUUUUUAGUUGAAAUGCGCGCGAAUUACAAAUAUAUAAAUGCCACAUAUAUCAUAAUGCAACUUGAAUCUAACUCUGAAUAAAAACCUAAUAUCUCACAUGAGACAAAUUUUAGAUAAGAAUAUGUUAAUAUUAUAACAUAAUGUUAAUUUAGAUGAUAAUAUACAUGUUUAGAUGAUAAUAUACAUGUCUAAUAUAAAUGUUAGACCAGUAUUUGAAACAUUAUGAAGUCAUUAAAUUGAAACUUAUCUCAAGUGGAAUACUCAGAUCAGAUCUGAUUUUAGAGUUAGGUUUGAGUUUUUUACUUGAAUCAUAUAAUAUAUGUAACAUUACAUUUGUAACUGUGAAAAACUCACAUCUAACUCUAAAUUCCAAUCUGAGUAUCUUACUUGAGACAUAUUUUAAGUAACGACUAUUAUUAAUAUAUAGAGCUAGAUGUGAAUUUUUCAGUGUUAUAUCUAGCUCCAAUUUUAAAUCUGAGUAUCUCACUUGAGACAAGUUUCAAAUAAUGACUAUUAAUAUGGAUGUAUUUUACGUGAGAUAUCUUUUGUUCUCUUCUGCAAUAUAAAAAAUCUGUAUAAAAGUACUAUCAGAAUUCUCUCGUUUCGACAUUCACGAAAAUAGAACAUAGUUUUACUAGCGCCCGGUCGAUUAAGUGUUGAGCAUAAUUGUAACAACUACUUAACGAUUUCCGUUUGGACAAUAAUAAUGAAAUACGAAUAUAUUUGAAAUACGAAUAUAGUUGAAUGUUAUGGAACAAAAAUAACGCGUCGAUAAAUCACAUGGAAAAACUGCAGCAACAAAAUUGCAGUCACAAAAGCGCCGAUAAAUUACAAGUCAAGUCGGCCCUGUUAAUAACGCGCCGAUCCCAAAAUUACGCUGGCGAGUUGAGGGCGUCGUAAAAGCGCGCUAAUAAAUGCGAAGUCGGAAUCGCGCCAACGGGUCGCAAUCAAAAGUGCACGCUGAUAAAUUAUAGGACGAAGCUGGUCGCUAACAAUUUGCAAGUCAGAAACCGCGAGACGGCGCAUUCGCGAGCGAAUAAAUCACGCGUCAAAAUUGCCGCAUCGACGACGAUAAAUUGCGAACUAAGGAGUUGACGAUCCAAGGCUCGCACAAAUGAGAGAGAGAGAGAGAGAGAGAGAGAGAGAGAGAGAGAGAGAGAGAACUACAAGAUAUAUGUACGUCGCGCUUCGUUGGCGAUUUUAUCCUCGCUCUCGUGCUGCAAAGAACAAGCGCGACGAGUGAAAGCGACGACGAAAUGACGAAGGCGCUUCUUUUUUCGCUCUCCCGCACUGUCAUCCUGAGUCCAUCCGGAAGAGGAAAGUCCUUUCAACGGCCGACUGGAAAAACAUGGUCCCCGGCUGGCGGCGACGAGGAAAAAGAAGCGACUCUCGGAAGCGAUCGUGCAAUAAAUUCGCGCCGCACUCGCAGGUGCAUCUCAGUGCCCCGUCUCGUCCUCAUCCUUCUAUUCCUGUACGCGUUCCUAGAACCUACUUCUUGUUCCUCGCGCUCGCGUGUACGCGCGCGCGCGCGUGGGACGAUACCGAAAUGACGUCGUCGUUGUCAUCGUCGUCGACGUGUGUCGGCGCAUUGAAGAUACUGUGGCUAAUGCUGACUUUAGUAAUCCUUGUCGAUGCUUCGCCGGUCAAAAAGGUCAGAAGGACUCCGGCUGGUUUUCGAUAUUCCAGAGAUUUGAAAGCAGAGUCCACGGGUCAGGGAGGCGGCGGCGGCAACAAACACUUGGAGGAGGGCAUCGGUACAAAACACGAUGUGGAUCAUCACAACGUACACGGCCACGAUAGCGACAAGGGUUACAAGGUGUUCCACGAGUUCGAGAAGAACGACAAAGGCCACCACGACGAUGAGAAACACGAGCGCAAGUACAAUGUGGAGAACGGCGUGUCGAAAAAGAAGCACGACGAGCUCGGUCAUUAUGAUGAGGUGCAUCACGACGAGGAAGGCGUGAAGAACGCGAAAUUCGGCGAAGAAGGCAAGCACCAGAAGGGAUACAGCACGAAGGGAGAGCACAGCGUAUUCAAGAAGGAUGAAUACGAGAAGAAGCAUGAUUUUUACGAUGAAUACCAUGAAGACGGGGGACACGAGAAGCACGGCGGUUGGCACGAGGAGCACGAGGCCAAGAAGGGCGGUCACGAAAAAACGGGACAUCUGCAAGCUGGGCACCAUGAGGGUCACCACGGCUCGGGGAAGAAAUACGAUGGGGGUCAUCAUCAUCACGAAAAGGGGGGUCACAAAGCGGCCGAUGGGCACAGCAGUCAUCACGAACACGACGAGAAACAUGGCCACAAAGGCGGUUACGCCUCGGGACACAAGUGGUCGCAAUCAAAUCACCGUUGACGAAACGCGACGGAACUUAUCGUUAUGUAAUUGUCACUUGCUUAGUUUUAUUUUACUGGAGAUUUCGCGGAUCAAUCGUGGUUGCGAGUACAUGAUAACGUUGAACGGGGCAUGUCAGACGCGCUAAGCUCGAUGAGGGAGCGUUAUAGUGAUG